ACAUCCGGGGGUUUGUUACUCUCAUUCCUAUAAACAGGCGGGUCGUGAUUUAGAAUACAAGUAUCGAAUAAAAUUAACCUCAUCUUGCAAUUGACUGGAACAACACUAUGGCUGUCCGUCAAGUUCUCCCCGAAGAGUAUGAUGAACUUGAUCAGAAGCUAGAGAAAGAACUGCCACUGUCUAUUUUAGGACUAGUCCAUUUCCGGUUGAUGAGGAGUAAACACUUGUUGAGAGAGAAGAUGGUGUUGGUGGACAGUUGGCCAGACGUCUCUGUCCUUGUUAUUGUGGAUAGACAGAUGAGAGGUACUGUGCCAUUUGCAGCGGGUUUCUGCAGAGGACCAGACUUUGCAUCAACUCUGGACACUUUGCUUCAGACCGGCUCGAAAGGGUUGUCCCCUCCUUUUUAUUUCGUCGGUUGUUCCACUGACGUCAUCGAUGCCCUAAUUGGGCAGUAUAAGUCAGCAAAUACCUGUCCCUUCCAGAAAGACAACUGCAAUACAUUUGUGUAUGCACUACCUGCUGAAAACAUUGUACCUCUAGCGAUGCCAGAUGGAUUCAGAGAAACAGAGUUAACUGAACGUCACUUAGACGCUGUAAUCAAAGCAUGGCCUUACUCGGAGGAAAUGGAUAAGAUAGCUAGUGUAGAAAAAUGGUUUAAAUACACCAUUUUUAAUUUCCCGACAGUUUGCAUCGAAACAGAUGAUGGACGACCCGUGGCGUGGGAAAUGCAGCAGGAGUAUGGAGGCCUUGGGAUGCUGCAUGUAGAGCCCGAAUAUCGGAGGAACAAACUUGGAAGCAUUGUCACGAGAGCACUGGCGAAAAAAUUAACAAAGGAGGGCCAACUAGUGUUUGCAUGUGUAAAUGACAUUAACGUCCCUUCCAUUGCAUUUCACGAAAAUAAUGGCUAUGUGCGGUUGCCUUUCGAGUUUUGUUUUACGGAAUAUUUUUUUGAAGCAAAAUAAUGGAACUAAAAAAAAGGGCUUUUUUCCAUAUAUUUUCCUUUUUAAAAAAUAUUUCACAAACGUUACCUGUCAUAAUGAUUAUAUAAUUGAUUCAUUCCUAGCUCUCUGAUUGGCUGAUAUUCAACAAUCUAGAAAAAAUAGAAAGUUAUAUUCACCUGCACGUGACCUAGAAGGCCAAAUGAAUAGAACAUUUGAUUUUCUUUACAAUGGCCUUAAAGAAGAUCGUCCCAUAAAGUCGUUUUUGAAUUUGUUCGGCUUUGGCUUUAAACUAAAAUCUUCGCUUGAUAGCACUCAAUUUGAUACUGUGGAAUCAUUUAAAUUCGUGGGGGCCAAUUUUCGUGGAUUAUGACUUUUUUGCUGAUUCGUGGGGAUGUGAUUUCGUGGAUGCGUUAGUUACUGUUUUAGCAACAAAGAUAACUCUUUCUAAAAUUGUUUUCGUUGAGGAUUUAAAUUCGCUACCCACGAAUUCCACGAAAAUUGAGCCACCACGAAUUCUAAUGAUUCCACAGUAUGUAUGUAUCAACUCGUCGCUGAAUCAUGUGAUAAAACAAUAAAAUGUUGUUCUUUUGAUGAUUAAGCUACCCUCGAAGUGCAAUAUUCAUCUCAUCACUGGCUCGGUUAUAAUUGUACUUCUCAGGUAACUAAAUCAUCGUAUUGACCUCAAAAACAGCAAUACUUGUAAUGUUAUUACAACUGCCAAAUCCUCUUUAAGGUUGGAAUGCAGUGUCCUUUUCUGCUUUUGGGAUGUUUUGACAAUUUUUUUUCAUAGGUUUAGUUCUAUUAUAAAUAUACGUGUACUAUAUUUUAAAAUAGAGACGAUCACAUGAUAAUCAACCUUUAUACCCCAUAGUGUAUAGAGCAGCAGCAAAUUUCCCCCACUGCUACCAAUCCUGGACCAGUAUGGUUAACGAUCCCCGGCAUGGUACAAUACUUUCGUUUCGCUUUCAACUGUUCUCCAAUAUAUUCUUGGCCUCUAUCUCUUUCUCUUGAUUUCUGGGGUCAGUGCAGUGCUGUUAUAGUUGUCGAAUAGAGGUCUUUCGUAGCACGUGCCGUAUCCAUUAAAAAGGAGACGAAACACAAAAUUUCACUGUCUUACUCAUUCUAAAUGUAUAUUCAUUAUGAGGUUAUAUGUAUCUUAUACUCAAUUAACAUGGUUUAGAUUGUUCAAAAACAUUUUAUUGAAUUAAUAUAUACAUUGGGUUUGAUAUUCUGACAUUAAACUAUUGUCUCACUUUUAUAGAAAUAGUGUACCAAUGCUAUAAAAAUGAUAUACAUGCAUUUACAGAAAAAAAAGAGGCCAGUGAGCCUUAUCGGUCACUUGAGUAUCUGCAGUGUGUGGCUUUUGCAAUGUAUAUUCAUGUGCAUUAUAAUUACAGGGCUAUUUAAAUGAAAUCGUUAUUAGUAUUCAGGGAUUGUUUAAUCCAAUAAACUUUCUAAAUUCAAAUAUUAUUUAAAAAUUGAAGCAUACCGUUAUAAAUUGAACAAAUCUUAAGCUUCUAUGUUCUAUCAAUAACACUGCUCUAUUUUGAA